AUGGGUGAUGCCGGCAAUGAUCCGCACGCGACCGCUGCGACUGCUGGUUCGGACGCGAUACUGUCGAACGGGCAUGCCGAAUGUGCACCCACCGAUACGGCGAACGGCGUCAACGACUCCAACGGCGUCACACGACCAGACACCAGCGAGCCCAACGACGACGACACGCCCGACGACACGGCCGACUCGCCCGGGCAACAGACGUCGCUCCUCUCCCUCCCGCCCGAGCUCCUGGACGUUGUGCUAGCGCACGUCCCGCCGGCCCAGAAGCUGAGCACUGUACGGGCACUGAGCCUCGUGCUUCCGUACUCUGUCUCGAGACGGUGGAGGUGGGAACAUCUCGUGCUGACUAGUCCGAGGCAGUUUUACCCGCUCUACAAUGCGCUGGCGCGGGAGAAGGAGCGGAGGAUGAGGGAGGAGGAGAAUGGUGGCCAGCGAGGGGCGGGAAGAGGCGGUGAUGAGCUCGUGAGGACGCUUUGCGUUGAGUGUUGGAAGGGCGAUGUGGACAUGCUGAACAACCUCCAAACCCUCAUGCUCCACGUCGGGACGAACUUUGCCCCCGAGCACCUCGAGGAUAUGUUCGCCUCGCCGCGGCCGGACCUCUCGCGCCUCGAGCUGCGUUUCCGCCCCUACGUCGAAGAAGCAAACUACUACCAGUUCCUGAAGGGGUCGUACUUUGACAAGGCGCUGCACACUUUGCAGACGUGGCCCGAGACGCCAAGUUUCCGCUACCUGUCGCUAGUGCAGGACCUGCUGCCGCGGAAACACCUGCCUAUUCCACGAACCCGUGUCGCGAAACUCUCCGGAGCGCUCGACGGGAGCGAGGACCCCGACGCUCCUACGCCCACGCCCGAGGACAGCGAACUCGAGAGCGAUCUCGAGAAUCUGAGCCUCGGUCCAAGCGAGGAGGGCACGCCGGCGCUGACCCCCGCGCGCGGGACGCCGGGAACAGUGACGCCGCGCACGAUGAGUGGGGCGCAGACGCCGGCCGAUCCCCCCAAAGACCGCGGAUACACGGGCCAGGGCAUGUUCCCCUACCUUUCCCAGAAACUACAGCACGCCAAGCCCAAGACGUUCGCGCAGCCCAUCGUCUUCUUCGACGUGCGCUGCGUCGCCUUCCUCGGCUCGGCACCUGUUGCGAAACACCUCACGCAUUUCCGUCUCCGCGUGCCGUCGCGCGACAUUGCCUACGUCCUCGUGACCAAGCCCGAGCCCCUCGCGCCCGUCGCCUUCUCGACCAACACGCCGCCAGCGCCUGUGGCGAAUGGGGGCGCGCCCAUGUUCCCCGCAUUGACGUAUUUGGACAUUUCGACGACCAACGUGCGUCUCGAUGCCGUUCUCGCGACAUUGUUGCGGAACUAUGACCGACUCGAACAUCUCGUGCUGGACCGCACGAAUCUCUUCGGCUUCAGGAGCAAGGACAAGGGCGAGCUGAUGUCGCGCGAGCUGGGCGGGCUCUGCGUGACCGUCUGCCUGCAGCGGGCGAAAGAGAGGGAGAAAGCCCUCGCGGCAUGGGACACGCGGAUGCGCACGGCCGCAUACCUGCGCGAGCAGAGACAGCAGGAGGCGCAGCGCAACGCGGCCUCCGUCCGAGGGCUCAGCGCCGCCGAGCGCGCGGAACUGGACCUGCGCCGCGCCGAGGAGGAAGAGGCAGCAAGACAAGCAGAGUACGCGCGCCACCGGCGCGGCCACCGCUCAGCCGGCCAAAGUACCAUUUCGCUCCGCACAAACUCGCGUAGGAACCAGGCCCUCCUGGCCGCUUCUGGGGGCGUGAAUCCAGCCGACCUACCCCCUUCCAACCGCGCGUACUUUGUCCUGCCCGCGCUCCCCCGCCUCCGCUCAGUGAACAUCGGCGGAGAAGCCGUGGGCAUCUCGAAAUUCUACGACCUCAACAUCUGGCGCCACGCCUUCCGCGAGGGAUGGGUUGAGAGCGUGCAGCGUAACCUGGGCUGGGCCAAGAAUGCCACUGAGAAGUACGUCCGCGCACGCAAGAAGAUUGCAGAGUGGCAGGCGUAUACGGGCUCCCUCCACCAAAGUCGGGGGAAGAAGAAGCCCGGAGGCGCAAAGACACAGCCGCCCCUCGACGUACGGCUGUUCCGAUACCCCCUGCCCGGGGAGACUACUCCGCCCCCCACACACGCCGGCGAAGAGGAAGAGGAAGAGGACAAGGCCCUGGCGGGCCUCAUUGAGGUCGACGAAGCAGGCGCGCUCGAGUAUCUCGCAACGUACAAGGAUUAUCUCGGCGACUGCGAGCGCGUCGGUGGAUUUCCCUGCGUCUUCUGCCUCACGCCCGAUUGUGAGGGUCCCUACCGAAGGGGCGGGGAGGGGGAACGCGUCGACGGGCGCGGGGGCAUGGACGCGCCGCAUGAGCCUGGGUGUGGACAUUUGCUCGGCCGCAGGAUCUGGGGCUGGGAGGGUGUCGAGUAG